AUGGCUGCCAAUAUGCAAAAACAAGCCGUAAUUUUGCUGAAAGGAGAAGCACCAUUAGUGGCUAGUGGAGUGGAAAGCUAUUUAUUGGACAAUGCUUCUCUGACUGUCAAAGCCGAUGCUGCUGGCACAGUUCAAUAUGUAGACAGUGAAAAAAUUAUCCUCAAUCAUUCUGGAAAAAAACCACAAGAAUACUCAAUUAAUCAAUUUGUAGUUUCCAACACUAACAACUUACUUACUUCAACUCCAGUAGUAAAAAAAGGCGAACAAGUUCAAGCAGGACAAACUAUUGCUUGUGGUAAUUAUCAGGACCAGCAAGAAUUAGCCUUAGAAGAUAAAUUUACUUCUCUAUUUGCUAAAAAGUAUAUUAUUGUUCGCAAAAAACUUAAAGUCGAUAAAAAACCUAAAGAAGAAGAAUUUUAUCCUCGUCCAGAAAUUAGCCACUUGGAUCAAGAAGGAAUAGUUAAAGUUGGUAGCAAAGUAAGAGAAAAUGAUAUUUUGGUCAGCAAAAAAACCCCUUACAAAAAACAACAAGCCGAAGAAUUACUUAUCGCCAGUAUCAUGGGCGAAGAAACUCAUUCUUUUAUGGAUAAAAUUUACCAGCGUGGAAGUACCAGUUAUAGUGCUGAUGAUUUGGAAGCCAUUGAAAUUUGCGUAGUUCAAAAAAGGAGAAUUGAAGUGGGAGAUAAAUUAACUACUCGUUUCGGGAACAAAGGAAUAGUAGGAAAAAUUGUGCCUGAAAUUGAUAUGCCUUUUGAUGAAAAUGGAAAAACUAUUGAUAUAAUUUUUAAUCCUUUAAGUGUUCCCUCACGGAUGAACAUCGAACAAAUUGCUCAAAUUGCCGAAGAAAAUGGGCUAAAAGAUUACGGCUUAACCCGACUUUAUGAUGGUCAAACUGGUUUACCUUUCGACCAAAAAGUUUUAGUAGGCUACAUUUAUACUAUUAAACUUAAUCAUAUGGUAGCCGAUAAAUUUCAUGCUCGGAAUACUGGUCCUUAUGCUUUGGUUCAUCAGCAACCAGUCAAAGGAAGAGCUCAUGGUGGCGGACAAAGAGUCGGAGAAAUGGAAUCUUGA